AAAAAAAAAAAAAAAAAAAGAAAGAAAGAAAGAAAGAAAGAAAGAAAAAUCCAACCUCCCUGCGUCUUGCAUGGGUUCCAUUAUUCCCUCCCAUGCAGCGUCUGCAAAUGACCCGUCUUGUGCUCUGUCCGCCAGUUGGCCUGAUACCCUUUGCCGUUCCUCAACACGAACCUCCAUUUCUGACACAACCUCCUUCUCAAAAAUUGAAACCACACAAGAAAAAGAAAGAAGAAAAAAAAAAGAAAAAAAAGACCCCGGCGGAAAUCCCUACCCUUACCGUCCCUCCUGUCCACUGCGAAACAGGAUCAACCAUCAUUCAUCAUCAUACCAUACCAUCUCUCUCAUCGUCUCCACAAAACCCCAUCCAUCCGCAGACCCAGACGUGCAUCGCAUCGCAUCGCAUCGGCAUCGCCCAUCCUUACCUCGUCGGACGGAACAAUGAGCCCAUGAUUGUCCCUUGGUUUGCGGAGAGAUUGGAUGAUCUUUGGAGAAGAUUUUCUCCACCCGGAAUUGGACUGCCUGGUCUUGCCGGGGUUCCGUAUAUCAUCUGACUGAGAUCUUGGUCUGCCGAGCAACUGCCGUCCGGGGAACCUCUUUGGUCUUGGUUUUAAAUU